CCGUCGUUGUUGUCGUUCCAACAAGGAAGGGGCGUCCAAAUCAACAAAAAGAAAGAGACUCAUCAAUAGCGACCACUAGUCUGGUAAAAACUUUUGCAGUGAUCAGUAGUAGUUCUUCCCCGAAAUUCUCCACGGGAGUGAGUGAGAGAGAGAUCCUCGAUCGGUACAUUAGGACACCAUGUGCAAAUCACUUCUGUUGAUUGCGUUGUUGGCCUGCGGAGUCUAUGCGGCCACCGAUGAGGAUUACUUCGAAUUCACCUGCCCUCGGGAAGAUGGACAGUACGAGGAUCCGUACCAGUGCGAUAAAUACUACGAAUGCAACGAUGGGCGAGUAAGGGAAAAACUGUGCCCCGAUGGUCUGGUGUUCGAUCCUACCAGCAAGCUGCCUGCCAAGUGCGAUCAACCGUUCAAUGUGGAUUGCAAGGAGCGCAAAGAACUGCAGGAUCCAAGACCGGUAGGAGCUUGCCCACGACAAAACGGAUUUUUCGCUCACCCAGACCCUUCGAUCUGCAACGUAUUUUACAAUUGCGUCAGUGGACGAGAGCUUGAGAUGACCUGCGUAGCCGGUCUUCACUUCCACACGGAAACCGGUACCUGCGUAUGGCCGGACAUGGCCAAUCGCCAAGGCUGUGGAAGCAAUGCCAACAAAAAACUAGCGGACGGCUUCCAGUGCCCGAAAAACUACCCAAAGGCGGACAAAAACGGUCAAAGUAUCACUCAUCCAAACUUCCCCCACCCGGAGGACUGCACCAGGUUCUACAUCUGCCUGAACGGUAUUGAGCCCAGACAGGGCAGCUGUGACGCCGGUUUGGUUUACAACGAGGACCUCCAGCGGUGCGAUGAACCCGAAAACGUUCCGGGAUGCGAGGAAUGGUAUGCCGGUGAAGCCGAAAAACCGACGGAAAAUUAGACAUGGUGUCUUCAAUUUUGCGAAGAUUAGUCUACAUAAGAGAUAACACGCUAGGAUCAUAAGUGCUAAGAAGUUUUAUAAACUAAUUAAAUCAGUCAUUCGUACCUUUUGCUUUGAACAGAGACUUAUUUACAAAUAUAUGUAUUAGGAAAUUUAUUAUAAUAA